AUGACCUCCCUGAGAAACUUGAUACCGAGACAUAGCCCACUAUCCCUUCUGGACUCCACCACCACCCUCCCCCAGGUUCACCAAAUCCACGCCCAACUCCUCGUUAAUGGCCAUCUCAACGACCCUCCCUUCUUCGCCAAGUUCGUCGCCACCUUGGCCCUCUCCCUCCCCCACUUCCUCCCCUACUCACACCACCUCCUCGCCCACUCUCCCCACCCCCCUUCCCUGUUCGCCCUCAACUCCCUCAUCCGGGCGCACUCCAAGGCCCCCACCCCCCACCGCGCCUUCCUCUUCUACCACCAAAUCCUCCACUCCUCCGCCCUCUCCCCAGAUCACUACACCUUCACCUUCCUCGUCCGCGCCUCCGCUCAGGCCGCCUGCGCCGCUGCCGGCACCGCUGUCCACGGCUCCGCCCUCAAGCGCGGCCUCGCCGCUGAUCCCCACGUCCAGAGCGGCCUCAUCCACAUGUACGCCGAAUUCGCCCUUCCCGACGCUGCUCGCCGCGUCUAUUCCGAGCUCCACUGUCCCGACGUCGUUGCCCAGACCGCCAUGGUCGGCGCCUUGGCAGGCUCCGGUGAGGUCGACCUCGCCCGCGAGCUGUUCGACGGGAUGCCCCAGCGGGACCACGUCGCUUGGAAUGCGAUGAUCGCCGGGUACUCGCAGGUGGGCCGAUCGAAGGAGGCGUUGGAGUUGUUUUCUUUGAUGCAGACGGAGGGCGUGAGGGUUGGUGAAGCAACAAUGGUGUCGGUGCUGACUGCAUGCGCCCAUUUGGGUGCAUUGGCUCAAGGGAAGUGGGUGCACGGUUACAUACAGAAGAACAAGAUUCGAAUCGCGGUGAUGCUUGGCACAGCAUUGAUAGACAUGUAUUCCAAGUGCGGCGACAUGAGAAGAGCCAUGGAGGUGUUUUGGAGUAUGGGGGAGAAGAAUGUUUACACUUGGAGCAGUGCAAUUUGUGGUUUGGCGAUGAAUGGCGCAGGCAAGGAAUGUCUGGAGCUCUUCGAGCUAAUGAAACAAGAGCAUGUGCAGCCCAAUGGGGUCACCUUCAUUUCGGUGCUUCGUGGAUGCAGUGUGGCUGGGUUGGUAGAUAAGGGCCGUGAGCAUUUUGAUUCGAUGAGGGAUGAACAUGGUAUCGAACCAUGGUACGAACACUAUGGGUGCAUUGUUGACUUGUAUGGUCGAGCUGGGCAGCUGGAUGAUGCGGUCAAUUUCAUCAAUGCCAUGCCCAUCGAGCCCCAUGUCGGAGCUUGGGGAGCUCUUCUCAAUGCUUGUAGGAUUCAUAAGAAUAUCGAAUUGGGUGAGUUUGCAACAAGGAAGAUCUUGGAGUUAGAAUCAAAGAAUGAUGGUGCUUAUGUGCUUUUGUCAAACAUCUAUGCCGACUCAAGGAAUUGGAAGGGGGUCAGUAGCAUUAGGGAGUCAAUGAAGGCCGAGGGGGUAAGCAAGGAGCCAGGUUGCAGUGUUAUAGAGGUUGGCGGCAAGGUCCAUGAGUUCUUUGUGGGGGAUAGAUCACAUCCAAGGUAUAAGGAGAUCGAGCUGAUGUUAGAGGAGAUGUCAAGGAGGUUGAGAUUGGCGGGAUAUGUGGCUAGGACUAAUGAGGUGUUGUUUGACAUUGAGGAAGAGGAGAAAGAAGAUGCUCUUUGUUGGCAUAGUGAGAAGUUGGCUAUUGCUUUUGGGUUGAUUGCACUGGGGGAAGGUGUGACCAUUAGGAUUGUGAAGAACUUGAGGGUAUGUUUGGAUUGCCAUGAUGCCACAAAGUUUAUAUCAAAGGUCUUUGAGAGGGAGAUUGUUGUGAGGGACAGGAAUAGGUUUCAUCACUUUAAAGAUGGGGCUUGUUCUUGUAUGGAUUAUUGGUGAUGAGUCUAACUGAUAUGUUAUAUUCUCAAGUUCUUUCAUUUCUUUU